AUGCUUGCACGUACACACAUACUCACACACACAAACACACACACACACACACACACACACACACACACACACACAUAGUAGUUGCUCUCAGUAGUGUUUUCCUUUUGUUUGCAGCCUAUUGUCAAUCCCAACAUCACACAACUCCCGACUAAAAGUGAUAAAGUGAUCUGAGGCCUGCACCCGACCCAACAUGAGCAGCUCUCGCGCCAACACGAGGCCCAACUAGAGGAGCAUGUUAGAGUAGCAUCUGUGCCAUGUAGACCUACAAUGAAGACUCAUUAGCCUUUCGCCAAAGCUGAGCACUAUUCAAUGAGGUCAGGUGGCUAUUCUAUUCUAUGGGUCAUUCAAUUAAUGGGCUCUGAUAGGACCUGCAAGUUUGUGUGUGUGCGAGAAAGAGCCUUGAGAAAGGCUACUCUGGCUUUUGAUUGAAUCCUACGUCAUAAGGGAACAAAGACCAUGGAAAAUGUAACCCCCGCUUUCUCUCUUUCUCUCCCCAGUCGAUGUGAGCGUGGCACUGCCCAUGCAGGUGCCCCCGGCUGCCAUUCCCAUGGACCUGCGCCUGGACCAGCCCUUUGGCCUAGCACCGCGACCAGACGACCAGGGCCACCAAGGACAGGUCCCAGGUCAGCGGGAGCAGCAGCUGCAGCAGGAGUUGCUGGCCCUCAAACACAAACAGCAGAUCCAGAGACAGGUGCUCAUCGCUGAGUUCCAGCGGCAACAUGAGCAGCUCUCGCGCCAACACGAGGCCCAACUAGAGGAGCAUGUUAAGGUGUGUGUGUGUCCUCUCCUCUCCCUUCGCCUCCAUCUUUUUAGUGAUCUCUCCUCACCUCGCAACUUAUUCGACCCCUCAUCCCAAUCAUACCCCCCCAUCACCUACUCCUCUUCCCCCUCCCUCCAUCUCUCCAUCCCUCCUUCCCCUUAACUUGAGUGGAUGUCUGCAGAAAGCUUUUCAUUGCAACAGGGACUUGGCUCAGCAGAAUCCCAAUGUGCUGUGGUAAGGACAGAGGGGAAGGGUGUAGGAGAGGACAUGCCUAUAUGUGCCUGUACACGUGUGUGUUUGUGUGCCUGUGCAUGCGCACGCUAGUGAUAAGCGGGUCAGCUGUUUGUUCACCUGCACCCGCCCACAAUUGCUACUAACCCAUCCGCAACCGCCCGACUAUAAGUGAUAAAGUGAUCCGAGGCCUGCACCCGACCCUAACCCGCAAAUAUAGAAAAUACGCUGUAGCCUACAGUCAGAGAUGCAGGAAAGAUUGUUUGACAGCGAGUGUUGGAUUUUUGUUGUUGUUGCCUAAUUUAGAUAGGCCAUUGUUUCUGCUUAUAAUUUACUACAUUUUGGUAGGCUAUUUGUUAGUCAACUUGUCUAUAAUUAGAUACAUGAAGCUUCUCUUCUGACAUUACUGCCCCAGAAGACUAAAUAAACCCUUGCUCACCAGAAAAUAUGUCAUACAUCAAGAAAAUGAAUGCUUCAAUCUAGUUGACAUCUGUAAAGUUUUCUCUUUCAUCUCUGCUUCUCUCCAGCAAUAAAGAUGGCACUUUUACAGAUGGUCCCUAACCAAUCAUUCAUUCUCUCAAGAUGCUGAAAUAUAUCGAAUGUCCAAAAUGUACAUUUGGUAUAUCAUUUUACUGCAAUAAGUGCUUAAUUCUGCAUGAGUUAAUAUUAUAUUAGGCUAUAUGAGAGGUUAUAAACCUACAGUCAGUGUCCAGACUUUCAUCCACACAAUAUUUCAUGACCCUAAACCCACCUGCCCUGUGGAUAUAACCGCUGGGACUGCGGAUUAUGAUUCAACCCACGCAUCACUAGCGCAUGCGUGUGUGUGAUGUAACCGGAUCUGCCGGUUGCGUUGGGCUGCUUAUCUGAUCUCAAUAGGAACCCAGUCCUUGGGAAACUAUGUAUGCAUGUGUACCAGCGCAUAUGUGUGUGUGUGUGUGACAGCGAGAGAAACUGCUCGCUCUGCAAACAGGCCUCCGCGGUGUUGCCACGGCCGCAGCCUCAAUCAGGCAAUAGGAGCGAGGCAGCCCAGGCUAAAAAUAACUGUCUGAAAGCUCCAGUCACAGCAGCCAGUGGCCUUCAGCACCAGCUAGGGCCGGAUGCACAGUGAUUGACACAUCACUAGCUCUACGUUAUGCCUUGACAGCUUGCUGACUGUAUUCUAUUUUGCUCCGUUCCAGUCAAUACCCACCUGUAAUGGGUUGAAAUUAAUGUAAACACUCUCCAUAGUGAGGCUUUUACCAUUCAGACAUCUUCUUAAAGAGUAACUUUCAUUUUAAAAAAAGUAUUAGUUAUAGUGAAACAAGUAAAUUCUGGUCUUCAUUUUGACAGUUUGUUGCAAAAGUGAUAUAUUUAGGUCUUUUAGUAGUAAAUCUAGCACUUUUUGCCCCUAGCGGUUCAACUCUACCAUUGAAAUCGUGAUGUAGAGGCACCUUCAGAAGGUUCCUCUACGUCAUCUCAAAGGAGGGGUUCGGUAUGAAAUACACUCUCUUCUAGAUGAGCUGGAUGGUACCACCUCAAGGCUUACUAUAAAUGCAGGUGACAGUGCGCCUUAUUUGGCAAUGGUCUUGGUAAGUGGAGUGUGCCAAUAAAUAUUGCAUGAUGCUUCCGUGACUAGACUAUUGACGUAAGGCACAUUUCCACAUAUGACCAAAUUCAAAGUUUCAUACACAUCUAUGUGCUUUUACGAAGAAAAUAAACAUGUAGGCUAUGAGGAUUAAACGUUUUUAUAUUCGUAGCUACAUCCAUCGUAACAAGAAAUAGAUGACAAUGGUGGUGAUGUCAACUUGUUUUUUUCCCAUAUCACUAUGACUGAUUAGUGGUGCAGUCUGCUGAGAGUUGGCUCAUAGUUCAAUGGUUAUGAGUUCUAAUCCCACAUGGGGAAGAUAUCUUAUUUUAUUUACAAUAUUCAUUCCGUGCCCACACACUUCUAAUUCUGAAAAGUAAAAGCAGACAUGUGAGAGGGGUCGCCCUGGUAGUAGUAGUGGGUUUUAUACAGUACCCAAUACCAAUCUGUGAGUUAAUUUGUCCAUUGGAAAAAAGCUACUGCGUAAAUACUGCAUUGCGGGUUGGAUUGAAUUGAGCCCCUAAUCUUCAUUUUCAAGGUGAUGAUUGCACUUUUCUUCCCAACACAAUACUGCAAUAAAUUUGAGUCCACAUUUUAAAAAAAGAAUGUGUGCCCUGUGGAGGAUUCAAAGGUACACUGCAAGUGGCUAUAGAUGUCAGGAUAUCAACACUUUACCACUGUGAGCUAACUGUCUAGAACUGUACUGCUUGUGAUGCACAUCAUUUUAUUAUCAGAGUGUGCCAAUGGACUUCUGGUAAGUAUGAUUUAGUGAGAAAGUGUUGGGAUCAGGUACAACUACGUUUACCCACCCCCAAAUGAAUAUUUAUGAGCAAUUCCCCACACCCACAACUUCUCACCUGAACAUUUGAAGGGGUUGGGCAAAGGCUGAAAUAGGCGUUGAGAGUUUCCAAGCUGAUAUGAAAUAUGUAGGGGAUACUUGCUGUUGAAAUCUAGUGAUAUUGAUGUCAGCCAGUGGUCUUAGAUUUUUGCCAUUGAAAGGAAGUGUGUAUGUGUGUGUGUGUGUGUGUGUGUGUGUGUGUGUGUGUGUGUGUGUGUGUGUGUGUGUGUGUGUGUGUGUGUGUGUGUGUGUGUGUGUAGAAGUGUGUGUGUUUUGUUUAUCUAGACGACGUGAUAUCAGACAAUCUGUGACCAUGUCUCUCCCCUCUGUCUCCCUCAUGUCCCUCCAUCCCUAUCCCCCAUCACUCUUCUCCUCCCUCUCCCCAUUUCCUGUGCAAUACCAGAUGCCCUGUAGCAGUGCCAUCAGCAGGCAGUUUUACCAACAUCGUAGUAAUAUUGUAGUAACGUUGUGGUAACGUUGUGUUGCAGCACCAGCAGGACCUCCUGGCCCUGAAGCAUCAGCAGGAGCUGCUGGAGCACCAGAGGAAGAUGGAGAGACACCGCCACGAGCAAGAGAUAGAGAAACAACAGAGGGAGCAGAAACUACUGCUGCUCAAGAACAAGGAGCGUGGCCAGGAGAGUGAGUGGAUCAGAAUGACAUCCUUAUAUAGUGUUGGGCUAA